AUGUCGUACACUCAACAAUAUCAAGGUAUUGGUGGAAAUCCAUAUCAAAACUCGGGUGCUGCUGAAGCCGGCUAUGGAGGUAACAAUGCAGGCCAGCCAGGGCUUUCCCACGAAAUGUCAAACUACUCCGAAGGAUCCAACUAUUCCUCCGGUACACCCGGCGCCAUUCCACCUCCAAGUAGCAACGUCCUUACUCAACAGGCUUUCCUCGAUCGCGUUGACUUUGCCAAAUCCGAAAUUCGUUCUCUAUCCUCUAAUAUCUCCCAAAUUGCCACUCUCCACCAACGCGCCCUCUCUUCCCCCGAUUCUUCCUCCACCGCCUCCCUCGAAAAUCUUGUAACACAAACCCAGCUCAAAAACACUCAAAUUCGUGACCAGAUCAAGUAUUUGGAAGGUGAUGCGAUCAAGACUCAAGAUGGGACCAAGAAUAUCAAGAGCACGCAAGCUAAGAAGUUGAAGACGGAAUUCGAAAAUCAAUUGCAGCAGUAUAGGGAAGAGGAGUUGAAUUAUAGAAACGAAUAUAGACGCCAAAUUGGACGACAGUACCGUAUUGUUAACCCUGAAGCUACGGAGGCGGAGGUCGAGGAAGCUAGUCAGAUGGAUUGGGGUUCGGAAGGUGUUUUCCAAACUGCUCUCAAAUCCAAUCGAUCUGGACAAGCAUCUUCAGUUCUCGGAGCCGUUCGUGCUCGUCACAACGAACUUCAACGUAUUGAAGCUACUCUCACCGAUCUUGCAGCUAUGUUCGCCGAUAUGGCCCAAAUAGUCGAAGCUCAAGAUCCAGUUGUCGAACAUACCGAACAAAACGCCAUCAAAACCGCUGAAGAUGUCGACAAAGCAAAUGUUCAAAUUGACAAGGCGAAUGAACAUGCUCGUCGUAGAAACAGACUCAAGUGGUGGUGCUUGUUGGUUACGCUCAUUAUUAUCCUGGCCAUUGCGCUCGGUGUCGGUCUGGGUGUUGGACUGGCGGUCAAGGGGUCCAAGACUGCUACUAGUUAA